AUGUCAGACACAAUCAAGUAUCUCCUUAGCCUGAAGGCCGUCCGAGAACGAGCGCAAAUCGUCUUCCAGAAUGCGGAGCAAGGCAAACUCAACCAUUUUGACUAUCAUCCAGAGAAACUAGACGCAACCGCCGAGUAUGUGAUGGAUAUUAUCGAGAGAGACUUCGGACCGGACAAGUACGACCAGAUCCCCCCUCACGGUCGCUGGCAGCAUUUCGACGUCGGUGGAGUACCUAGGAUCGCAGAGUUGAUCGAGCGAUGGGACUCACAGGGAUACGACAAUGCAGAGAAAGUACGAAGCCUAGUUGACCUGUUCUUCGUAUCGGUUCUCUUGGACGCCGGCGCCGGAGAUCACUGGCGCUUCCGCGAGGAGAAAUCUGGACAGGUAUAUAACAGAAGUGAGGGCAUUGCUGUUGCCUCACUUUAUAUGUUUUUGGAUGGGGUUUUUGCAAACAAGGGUUCUUCGCGUAAGGAUGUGGUGCAUGGGGAGGCAUUGCAGAACAUCACUGCGGAAGAGCUGUCUCGUGGUUUCCAAGUCAAUGGCGACAACCCUCUAGUAGGGGUUAACGCGAGGGCCGAGAUCAUUCAACAACUGGGAUCCUCCCUCCGAAAACUGUCAAAUAUCUAUGGUCCGGAGGGCCGUCCAGGAAGGCUUGUUGACUACCUGAAAUCUCAAAGCAUAGAGACCAUCGACUACACUCAGCUCUGGGACGCCCUGCAAACCACUUUGAUCCCAAUCUGGCCAUCCGACCGGACCCGCAUUGAUGGAAACCCUAUUGGAGACGCAUGGCCUUUGAAAGUACUCUCAUACAACCCCUGCAAAUCUAAUACGGGCAACAUACAGCCAUUCCACAAACUCACUCAGUGGCUGGCAUACUCGCUAAUGGUCCCGUUCCAACGCCUCCUGUCUGUCAAAUGGACCAAUGCCGAGCUAGGUACUGGAUUACCGGAGUACCGAAAUGGAGGGUUGUUCGUGGAUAUGGGUGUCCUUACAUUGAAGCCCGAUACGUUGCAGCGAGGGUUGAAGACCUCCGGGACCAAUCUGCCUUGUUAUAAAGUUAUGGAUGAUGAGAUUGUUGAGUGGCGUGCAAUGACGGUCGCUCUUCUUGACGUGUUGCAUAGACGCAUCUUAGCGAGUGGUCGGUUCGGUGAGACCAAGUUGACUCUGCCGCAGAUACUGGAGGCAGGAUCUUGGAAAGCCGGAAGGGAGUUGGCCGCUGCGAAGAGGCCGGAGAGUAAGUGUAGUCCGAUUCUAAACUCUGGCGAUGGUACAUUGUUUUAA